AGUUACAAUGAAAAAGACAUUUAAGGAGUUUUUCUUCUACAUAACAAUGGUUUCUUCUUCUUUUUUCCAUGUGAAAAUUUAUACGUUUUGUUCGUAAAGUUCAACAUAGUUUUUUUUCUUACCUUUUUAUAUACAAUAACAUUCCAAAUUUAAAGUUUUGCAGACAAAUUGUGGAUAAAAAAAAGAGGAGUUUUAGAUAAUAUUUAGCUUGCUAAAUUGAAUGUUUGAGGGAGUGAAAGAAGAAAUUUCACAUUCUGAAAUUUAUUGAUUUUUUCCACUCACCACAUAAAAUAUACGUCGAUUAAUUUUUUGUGCUUAAUUUAUGAAGGAAAAGAAAUAUUUUCAUUUUUUUUUGCUAAUUUUAGUGUGAAAAAUAAAUUGAAAGAUGCGGAAAAACUUUUCUAAUAACUUAUUCUUAAUACUUAUACGAAGGCGUUUGCAUAUUUUUCAAACAUUUAAUUUUAAUUUGCGCAAAAUAUGUAAUAAUUUGUUUUAUAUUUUACCUAUCUUAUAGUCCUCGCAAAAGGUCUAAUUAUUUAUAUUAAAAAUGUGCUCUUAUAUAAUUUAAUUCUAUAUUUUAAGCAACACAUAAUACAACUUACACCACUUUCACAUUUUAUUUAUAUACAAUGUAGGUACAUAAUAUACAUACUUAUGUAUAUAAAAUUAGGUUUACUUCUUACAUAAUGUGUUUAAGCAGACAGAAUCGUUCUAAUUUGUGUGUGAAGAAAAUGGAAAUAGCAACACGUGGACAUUUUUGGUGAAUUUAUUGGAAGAAGAAUGUAAAAGAAAUGAAUGCAGAAAUGAUAAAAUAGAACAAAACAUGUGCAACAUAUAAUAUUCUAUUAGAAUUGAUUUGUUUUAUAUGAAUGUGUUGUGCAAUCAUGAGACGAUUGCUUGUCUUUAGCAUUGUGUAUAGACUUUUGGGUGUGUUGUGUGGUCCUGUAAGUGGUGACCCAGCACCAGGAAGAUCUCCUGGACCACCAGGUGGAUUAUCAAUGGUACAUGAAGGUCAUAGCGAUGGUGGUGGUGUGUCGGAAGAUAUCCCAACGCUUCUGCUCACGAAAGAUCGCACCGAAUAUGGUGAUGAUGUGAGGGAAAUAAUAAAGAAUUCAUCAUUUGAUGAGAUACUGGACAUUAGUGAUAACUAUGUGCAUAAAUUAAAAAAUAAUGAUAAUGGGCAUUUUAUUGCCACCACAACACAGGAUCCAGUGAAAGCUCCAUCAGAGAAUGGCAGCUUUUUCGGCAGCAGUAAUAGAGAUUCAAAAAAUGUGCUUUCCCCCUGUAGUGAGCGUUCAAUUUUAUAUCUUAGACCAACAGAUACGAUUAUAAGGUUGAAUUUAAAUGGUGAGAUGACAGAGGAGGUAUCAUUCAUUAAAUCAACUUUGCAACCUCCAUCUCUGCAAUUUGACGUCAUUCAUGACGUUUUUGAUACAACACACGGUGUGGUGAAGCAUCUUCUCUAUAAAGUUAUAUUAACGUCAAUGUCCUCUGUACGUGAUUUUUUUGUGGAAUCCUUAAUCGAUGGAAGUCCUGGGGGGAGAUUUAUCGAAACGCAAAAUCAUGAUAAAUCAUACACAGGACAACAUCAGUGGCAACAGUCACAGAAAGGAGCAGUACCUAAGUCUUCCAUGGAUCGAAACCGGGGAAAAAAAGAAUUUCUUGAUUGGAUUACACCUUUAGCACAGUCGUGGAAUCGACAUUAUCGUGAAGAUUCUCGGAAGGAGGAAAAUACAAAUAGUGACCAACAUACAUACAACUGUGUCGAAAAUUCUUGGUCACGAAGUUCUGUGCAUGACCAUGAAACAUAUUCAAUUGGAUGGAGUCCAAAUAUUGAUGCUGACACUGAGGCUAGACACGUUUCCUUUCGGAUUUCUUAUCGAACAACUGAAUUGCAUGAAUUUGUAUUUGAACUGGAAUAUUCAAUGAACGUACAGAAAGAUUGCAAACUCUUCUUAAAGCACUUCAGUGGAACUUUUGAUUCUACAUCCAUGCCGACCCAGCACUUGGACUGUGCUGUAUUUUUUCCGUCUGUCUCUGAAGUAGCUUUGAAAGCUAAGGCAACAACUCAAACACAUUCUGGCCUUUUGGUGCAUGUUACACGACUCAAUGUGCCAUGCUCCGAGGGGGGAUUCUUGAAGUUUACAGGACAUCGACGUCUCUGUGGGAAACUCGAAGAGCUCCAACAUAGCGAACGCAGCUACUACUUCACUAAUCUCUCAAAUACAUCAGUUCGCAUAAUUAAUCGUCCAUCCUUUGCAUUUGAGUACAAAAUUGUUGAUUAUUGCUACAAUGUAACACUCACUCAGAAGAAUCAGACAUUCUUCCUUCAACCCGCCGGCUUAUUGGAAUGCUACUUCAAAAUUCACCUACCAUACGGAUACAAAAUUAACUUAAUGCUUACAACAAAUGCCCACAAUACGAGUGAAUAUACAAAACGUGAAUUUAUAAAUUUGAGCACAAGAAAGAAAUAUUUCAAUACGAAUGAUUCUGCAAAUACUCUCUGCAAUGAUGGUGUUGAUAGUAAUGGUCUUCAGGUGCAGGUGUAUGAUAGAGUAGCAGAUAGAAGGUGGACUUACUGCUACAAUGAAUUCAGUCAAAGCAGAAAGAUUACAUUAAUCUCCAGUGAUAAUUCAAUUGUCGUAGCAGUUAGAAAGUAUUCAGCGGAAUUCGUGAGAGGAACACCACCGUCACCAUUAAUCGAUGAUAGUGAAAUUGCACACUAUCCGUCCCUUCAAGUGGAGUAUAGUGCUCAAAAUAUUGAAUCUGUCGUUUCACAAUGUGCCUUUGGCUGGAUAGCCUAUCAGCAAUUUUGCAUAAGUGUCAUUGAAGGGAAACCACUAUCAUGGGCAGCGGCUGAAAGUGAAUGUAACCACCUCGGUGGACAUUUAGUCUCCAUUAAAUCGGAACAAGAACAAAAAAUUAUUGAUAAACUCAUCAUAAAUAGUCCAAGUUACAGUGAUCACCUUGCAUACUGGAUUGGAGCAUCCGAUAAGAAUUUCGAGGGUGAUUUUCAUUGGAGUGAUGCAUUUCCUUUUUCAUACACAAAUUGGUUCCCUGGUUGGUCAAAGUAUAAGGAGUACAAUCGCCAACCGAACGAUGAUGGACUAAGUAGUCAGGAUUGUGUUGAAAUUCGACGUCUCUUUCGCCUCCCACCUGGUAAUCAACCAAAUCAAGCUCCAUUAGUUAACUCCUUUAUGUGGAAUGAUCGUGAUUGUGAAGCAGAAAAUUACUUUGUCUGCGAACGUCCCAUGGUAGAUGACCCCGUAUUAGAUGCACAGUGGCGAAAUGAUUGCAAUAAAUCAAUCCAACUUACAAUUGAACAUCCAAAAAUCAAUGUAUGGAGUCCGGGAUUUCCUCAUCCAUACCCAGAUAAUGUCAACUGCUACACGUUAAUCAUUGCACCAUCUACGCAUAGGAUUAUAAUUGAUUUUGAAGAAUUAGUUCUUGAAGAUGAGCCAAACUGUAGCUAUGAUAAAUUGGAAAUAUUGGAACCAAAUAUAGACUUGCUACCACCACAAACUGAUGGCGUAAUCAAUUCGGCAUUUUUUCAUAAAGUUAUUACGUCAUUCGCAAAAAGGAGUGACGUGAAAUUCCAACAAAGUGAUAAAUCAAAAAUAUAUUCACAUAAAAUUCUUUUUAACAAACCGAAUGAUGAGGCUUCAAUUCCGCAUAAAUUAUGUGGUGAUUGGAGUUCAAAAUUAAAAUUAUUGCGCUAUGUUACAAAAGGUUCCAGCCUGGCAUUGCAUUUCUCAUCUGACUAUUCUCACCACUUUAAUGGUUACAAAGCAAAAGUUUAUACGGAAAGUGUAACUUCCGAAUGUGGAGAUGAUCGACAGAGAGCCUACAACAAAUCAUGCUACUUAUUUGUGUCAUUUCCCGAAGUAGAUUGGUGGACAGCGCAACAAGUAUGCCGCAGUAUUGGAGCACAAAUAGCAUCUGUUGCGAAUGUAGAUGAACAAAGAUUUAUAACAUCGAGUAUUAGAAAUGAGAUGGAUUAUUCUCCGCGUGCAGUUUACUGGUUAGGUGCUGAAUUAACAAAGAAUGGCAAUUUUGUGUGGUCUGACGGUUCUAACAUAACUUUUCAAGAUUGGUUACCUGGACAGGCAACUUUUGAAGGUAAAAAAGAUGCGAAUGGACGGCAAUGUUUAGGACUGCAGUGGCAAAUGUCACCAACACCUAUGCUUCCAUCUGGACUGUAUUGGUCUGCACAGAAAUGUACAUCUCUAGGUGGAUAUAUUUGCAAGAGAAUACCAAAUAGACCGGAUGUAGUGAGAAUUCGUAAUGAGACUAUAACUGGUACAGAAGGACGUCUUGUCUCUCCUGGCUAUCCUAAAUCCUACCCACCGAAUACUGAUUACUACAUUAAAUUAGUCAGUCCUGAGCAUACGCGAAUAGUUGUGCAAUUUCAGCGAAUUGACAUUGAGGCACAGGAGAAGUGUCUGUAUGAUUAUGUGAGUGUUGAAAAUGGUGAAGAAGAAAGUAUUCUGAUGGAUCCGGGAACUGAGAAAAUUCCCAUUGCCAUGCUCACGGGGAUGUUCAAUGAGUGGCGUCAACGGAAGAGGUCUGUUGAGAGUGCCGAACAGAGUUUGAUGGCACACAUAAAAUUACUUGCAACCACAAAUCGAUUUAUUCGAUUAAGACUACAUGAGCGAAACAAACGUACGUUAUUUCAAGAGAAUGAACACACAAUUGUGGACAAUUUUCCAUCAUUUUCCUCAUAUGUACGCUGGUGUGGCAGCUAUGAGAGCAAUAUGUCACGCUUUGACUUUGUCUCCAGCAAAAAUCAGGCUCUUUUGCGAUUUCACAGCGAUUACUCGAUAGCUGGAAUGGGAUUUUCCGCAACGUGGACAGCAAUUGAUAUAACUGGAUGCCCCGAGCAGACUCUAACAUCCAAAGAGGGUGUAUUUAUGAGUCCAAACCAUCCACAUUUUCUCUUGGAUCAACUUGAAUGUACUUUCGUCCUACAGGCACCCAUUGGUAAAAAAAUAUGGCUGGAAUUUACUGAUUUCAACAUAAUUGAUGAUGCUUCGGUUACAAUUGAUCUCGGUGAUGGAGAAUUACAUCCAUUCUCAUCUCCACAUGUGCUCAAUGAUGGUGUAUUCCUCAGUGCUUUUGAGAAGCUCAAAGUUAUCCUCAGGAGUGGGGCUCGUCCCCUUGGGCGUGGAUUUAGAGCUACUUACAAAGUAAUAGGUCACCCUGUACUAGAGGAGCGUACUGUGAAUUUACUGAAUGCAUCAAGUGGUGUUCUCGUACAACUAAAUUAUCCACUUCCAAUGCCACCAGAUGUGGACUUCUUGCAGCAUUUAAUUGUCCAAUUGGGCGAAGUGAUAACAUUGGAAUUACACGGUGUCCUCAUUAGUGAUAGUCGAGGGUGCACAGGGGGGUCUGCAUUGGAAAUCUACGAUAAUUAUGCCGAUAGCAAUGGAACAGUUUGGAUACUUUGCCCAAUCCACGCGAGUACACAAGAUGUACCGCCCACGAAAUUUCAGCAAGGCUAUACGCCAAUUUUUAUAACUUCCUACCUCAAUACCAUUCACAUACGGCAACGUACGAAGAUGGGCAUUGAAGGUGUUCCACUGAAUGCAAGUGUUAAAAUCCAUUCAGACACAAAUUACAAACCAAAGCUGGCAUCAAGGGAAACAUGGGUGGAAUCUUGCAUGCCGAAUCCAUGCAAAUUCGGUGGGAAAUGCAUUACAAAUGGCAAUGUUAAGCAAUGCCAAUGCAAAGGACACUACUCUGGGAGAUUCUGUGGUCUUACAAUAUGCGAUUUUGAUCCUUGUAUCUUUGGCCAUUGUGAACUUACAUCGAACAAUUAUCGGUGCAAUUGCUUACCUGGAUACCGUGGGGAGACAUGCGAUCAUAAACAGAAACCUUGUGCGGAUAAUCCAUGCCAAGGGCGUGGGGAUUGUUUUGAGAAGAACAGCGGAUUCUUUUGCCGGUGCCAUGCAUGGUGGGAGGGACAAAGGUGUGAAAGAAAAAUGAUUCACAUUCCGUAUAAGCCGCUCUCUGAGAGAAUGCUUCAAGAACCAUUUUGGUUGGGAUUAAUGACGGUUUUUGUGGUACUUGGAAUUAUCGGACUCGUAUGGUGUGCCAAAAGGCAUUUUCCUGAAAAAAUUGAAAAAUUAUUAGCAGAAGAGGCAGACCGUAGUAGACCAAUUGGUUCUCUGCAUUCUCAUCAUACAUCUUUGAGAGAACAACUCCAGUUUACAACAUCAAUUCCACAAACAACGAAUACACCAGGUGUCCCCAGAUCCAUCUUCGGUCGUCUGGGUAUAAGAAAACCAUCCAUUUUGAGCCUUAGCAGCCCCCAACCAAGCGGAGGGGCAACCGCUCGCACGUUUUCACUUGAUGAUCUCUUGCGGCCCCCUCCUCGACGAACACCAUCUCCGAGGAAAAAACGUAAUAAUUCAACACCAACAAGGAAAAAUGCAGCAGAAAAGAAGCAAAUUCUUCAGCAUCUCAUAUCUCCUGCACCAGCUUUACAAAUUGAGCAAAGACAAAAAUUGAGUCUCGAUGAACUUGUCCAUUUGCCUGAUAAUCACCUAAAACCAUUGGCGGCGGAUGGAGAAAGUGAUGUGAAGGAAACAACAUUUACGGAAAAUUCUCUUUCAGCAUCUACUCUAGCCAUACGUCCCAUAUGUGAUCCAAAGUUGGAGAAGAAAGUAACUUUUGCCCGACUACUCAGUAAGGUAUCAGCUGAAAUUAGUUCAGGAUCUGAUAUGGAAGUUGGGGUACUAAAUAACGGAAGUGGAUUGAGUCUACCUGUUGAUAUACCAUUACGUGCAAGUUCCGUACCACCGUCGCCAUGUAUUAAUGAAAUACGAUCCCCACAUAGUACGUCGUCGAAUCAGGGCAGUGAUUCCCUGUCGAGCUCAGAUUUGGCCCUAACCGACAUUGGUAGGUCCAAUAAACGGAUUAAAUCGAAAGUAUCCAGUGCCGAUUCGAUUCUUGCCAUGUUUAAAAAUUUCGCCUCAUCAAGUGCAGCUGCAAAUCUUCCGCCAUCGUGUGUUAUCUCACCGUCAACAACACCUACGGCAUCCAGUCCACAGGAUGAUGCCCCUGGGGAUGAUGAUUCAUCUACAUCAUCAAUGCAUACACCAAUUAGCUUCUCUAGCGGGGCUCCGGAUUCCCCGGUAUUUUAUCGUCAGAGUACCAUUGAAGUGCCUGUACUGGAUCCUCUUAGUGCUCAUAAGAAUGUUCCAAGUUCAAACUUACUGCAUCCACCGAGUAUAUUGCUUGAGAUCCCAUCAGGCGGUAAUGGUGCUAUAAAUAAAUGUUUAUCGCCUAUUCGUGAAUUGCCAACGCCAAUGCCUUCGCCGGCUCUAACACCAAUAAUGCCAAGGCCACAGAGGACACGAAGUCCCAGCCCAAAUGAAGAUCCACUAUCUUUCAGUGAUGAAGAUAGUAAUAAGAUUGAUAAAUUAUUUCAGAAUCUCUCACAACGCGUGUGUGUUGCACUCCAUGCUGAUAAUGCACGCGCAACGGAUUCGGAAGUUGAGAAUUUUUCAUUGGAUACACCAACUUCAGAGCCACUGCCGUCGCAUUCAAUGAGACGCAGUAAAUUCCAAAUGCGUGUUCCGGCAAUGUCAAUUUCAAUUGAUAUCGACCCACCUACUCCAGAGGAACAGACUGAUGUAAAAUUAUCACCAAUUCGACCGCGGGAACUAAUAAUUCCAACAUUAACAAUUGAAACGCCGAGCCCAACGAAAACAACACCACCUAUGCAACUUUUUCCCGGAUCUCCACCACCACAGAGGGCAAGUGUAGGAGAGACGAAUUUUCUCUUUCCCAAUAAGCAUCAACAGAAAAGAUUUCUAAAGCAAUGGGAGAAGCCAACAUCAUUGGAUUUACCCUUCACGCCACCAUUAAUAACAAUUACAUCAAAUUUUAGCGAAGUUGAAUCGGAUUUUGAUAAUUUAUCACCAGCUCCGGGGAAUGUACAAGCAAAUGCGCAUUUGUGUGUUCCAGGAUCUACAGGGAUGUGCUACUUAAGUCCAUUUUCCAUUGUUACACGCGGUGAUAGGACAACCUCAGAAGGUAAUCUCAGCUCAUCUGGAUACUCCAGUAUGGCAAGUCCUGGUCCUAGCAGAUGUAAUUCCAAUAAUCCACUGUGCCCAGGUGAAAAUGAGGAACCAGGAAAUGGCUCCUCGAAUUCUGGUUUAAAUGUAGCAUCAAUACAUAGUAAUCGUCGUCAAGGAAGCUCCCUUAAGACAUCCCAGUCCAUCACAACGAGUGCAUCGGUAACAUCUGGUGGUGGAGGUAAUCACAGCCGAAUGAGAAAUCGCUCCGAUUCAGAAACAUUGAGUGAUGAAGCUGUUCUUGAGUCAAAUGACGAAGGAAUUGGAACAGAUCAUAUUGAUGAAAAAAUUGACGAUGGUGAAAUUAAGAGCGCCAAAGAAUUGGAACUCUUUCUCAACAAAGAACUAGUUGAGACGGGAAAGAGUAUCCUUGAGGAGCCAAUUGCAAUGGCACAACUCCGUCUACCGUCGAUUGUUAUUCAGAGUGAUAUGGGUGCUGAAAAGGCAUUAUCACCUGUAUCGUCGCGUUCUGAGAGUCCCCUUAGUGAGAAAACAAUAGGAAUGGGGAGAUUCUCACCGCUUUUCUAUGGUAAAAAGGACCAACAAUUGCUAUUUACAGAUUCAGAUGGCCUCUAUGACUUUCCAUCGUCCGAUGGGAAAGGGAAUUUAGUAUCGGCAAUAAGUCACAGAAAAAAUACAGGAAAGAAAAGGGAGCGAAAGUCUUCAUUUAGAGGACAUAAUCAGUCACCAAAUAAAUGCUCAUCACAUUUAGAGAUACCAAAUAAGGAUACUGCGCAAACAGCAGCACAGCAACAACAUACUUUACAGAAUUCAAAAUACCACCAUCACAGUCUCAUUGGUACAAGUCGCAAAAGCCCCAAACGUAGACCUCUCCAUCGACCACCUGUAGCAAGUAGUUCUUCGUCAUCAGAAAGUCUCCUAUCUCCAAUGGAAGUAUCACAAAAAAAUAAAAUUUCAUCAUCUUCAACAAAUGCUCCGUGUAUUAUAUUCCCUGAAUCUUAUGUUAAAGAAUUACAAAAAGAUGAUGAAGAACACUUAGAUGAAUCAAGGAGAGGAGCGCAAUAUUUACAAUGUAAUAUUUCAAAAAAAGUUAACAAACUUCGGGCUAUUGGGAAUCAAAUAAGAUUUCUCAAGAGAUUGGAGCAAUCAAUAAAGAAGAAAGAUUACCAAAACUCACACACAGAUAGUUGCAAUGAGGAUAAUAAUGAUAAUUUUGAUACAGCACAAAUAACUGCACCACUUCUAAGUUCCCCAACUACGAGUCAUCUAGUAAAGAAUCGCCCACAAGCAUUUAAAGUCAUUGGUAGGCAGAAGCGUCUUAUUCAUCUGCAUGAAAAUCAAAAAAGCUCCCUCAAAGAUCGACACCGUGUUUCACCCAGUGAUAUUGUUAGUGAUUAAACAAUAAGUUACCCAACAUAGCAGAGUGAUGAGAGAUCACGAUGUGAUCCACUCUGAAUUACUCGGAAUGAUGAAUAUAACAAGAAAAAAAGAAACUCUAAAUGCAAUUAAAAGAAAAACAAUUUCUGUUUGGAUAUAUAUACCUAUAUAUACUUAUUAUUAAAAUAUUUUUCAAAUCUCGUUGGAAUAUUAUACGAAAUUAGUAAUUCCUCGUUAUACUAUACAUUGAAAGUUUUCAUAUUAUAUACAUACAUACAUACAUAACAUCCGCACUGAUUUAGGCUAAUGUUAUAAUUAUAAAUAAAAAGCUUUUAAUUACGUUGUACUUCACACUUUACCUGUUGCAUAAACACGUCUCUAUAUACCUAUAAUUUUCACUGUGAUAAAAUUACGCGUGAAUUUCAAUUUUUCCUCAUUUGGAUGUCAAUAAUGUUAUAAAGCAAUUUGUCGGAAAAAAUAGGAUAAAUACAAAAAGACAAUCUAAAAAAAAAAUAUUUUAAUAUUUAUCUAUUUCGAUGGCGAAAUAUAUGUCGUUGAAAAAAAAGAAGAGUUUAGGUACUAAGCAAAUUAAAGAAAUAGCAACGAAAAUAAAUUUAAAAAUCGCACUUUGAGAAACAAAAAAAAAUGAAGAAAAAAAUGUACGAAAAUCAUCAAUGAUUAAUCGAUAAAAAAUUAAUUAAUAAACUGCAGAAACGUGUAUGUCUUGUUGAUUGGAGACUGACAAAACACAUUUAAAUGAAUACAGAUAUAUGCAUUAUAUGUAUAAAUUGAACAUUAAGAAAAAAAUACCUAAUCAAUAUUUUAUUGUUGAAACUCUAUUUUCUUUUCUUACUGCCAACUAUCAAAUUAUAUAGGGGAGAGCGGGGUUAAAAAAGUCACUUAAGGGUUUAGAAAAAGCUUAAAAUAUCAUAUUUCCCAAAUAGAUAAAGCAAAAUGUAUAGCUUAUUUCUUUAGGAAAUUUACCGCCCUACAACUCUUUCUCAGACCAUUUUGUUCUAUCUAGCUAGGAAAUAUGAUAUUUUAGGCUUUUUCCAAACCCUUAAGUGACUUUAUUAGCCCCGCCCUCCCCUACCUACAUACCUAACUAUCUUAUAAAAUUUCUUCUGCUGCAUUUUUCUCAUGAAUAUUCCUCUUUAAAUUUUACUAUCUAUAACCUAUAUACCCUUUUCUAAACUAAACAUUUUUUUUUCAAGUUGAGAUUUUUUAAACAAAAAAAAAACAGCAGAAAAAAUUUCAAAUGUAAAAUAAAUUCUCUGUAUUACAAUAUUAUAUACGCAAAACUUAAUGUGUUUUUGCUUUUACGCACCAUUAGGUAAAGAAAUAAUAAAUAAAAUAUGCUCGAGGAAGAAUGAAAAGAAAAACGUUUAGGUAGACGUUUAGUAAAGAAUAUAAUAAGAAAUAAAUUAAUAUUAAAAAUCACACAGAGUACUAAAAAAAAAUCCUUUUCGAGUUUUCUUUUUAAUAUUUUGAUUGAAAAAAAUAAAUGGAAAAUGAACACAAAACAAUGGUAUAAAAAGUAUUACGAACAUGAAUAAAAAUUCACAUUGACAAGAAAAACAUAAUGCAGAAUUAUUCAUAUUAUUAUGCGCAAUUCUUUAUACAUUUUCAUCCCAAAAAGGUGUUUUUGGGUCCUCUCAUAAUCGGUCUUUUUUAUUUAAUUAAAUAUUCAAAAGAGGUCUUGCACGGGCCAUGUAAAAACUUCCUCUAUCGCAGAACAAUUUUGACCCAUUUCUUCUUGAAAAUAAGAAAAAUAGAAAAAUCCUGAAAGAAACUCCCCAAUAUCAACUGAAAAGAAAAACCUCCAAGGAAAAUGCGCGACAAGUCUACAAAAAAGUUUUGAAACAUCUUCUCGAGGGACAUUUUUUUGGCAUUUUUUAUGUGAUCCCACUGAAUAUUGGGGAGCUCCUUCUCGAUUUUUAUAUUUAUUUCUUAUUCCCUACUAGAUUAAAUGGACCAAAAUUGUUUUGCGGUAGAGGAAGUUUUUACAUGACCGCUGCAUGAACUCCUUUAUAUCGUUCUAUUUGUUCACCACAGUAGUAUGAAAUAUUUUUUAAAAAAAUAUUUAAAAAAAAGUUACAUUCGUAAGGGACAGAUAUAAGUAAUUUAUCUAUUAAUUACUACAUCAGAAUCCAGGAAAAAGAAAAUCAAUUUUUUUUAAUUAAAUAAAAAAUCAAUAUAGAUGUAAUACAUGCAUAUGAUUGUAUAUAUGUACCUACCUUACACUUUUUCUCUUAUUUUCUUAUAAGCAAAUUUUUGGUUCAAAUACCUUUAAUGUUACCCCCGUUACACUGAUCAAAUGUUAAAAUAAGAAAAUAAAUCAAAUUUAUUGAGAAAAAAAA